CAUCAUCAAUGGCGAUAACUUCCAACUCCCAAGUCCUGUUCUUUGCAAUGGAAUAGUUUCCCACUCACGUGAUCUCGUCUGUUUCAUGGCCAGCAUACGGCAGUGCCCACAACUGCUACUCCUUCCCUUGGUUGCGCAGUUGCGCUCCCCUCCUCAUCUCUGAAUCCAUGGAGUACGAACGAAUCCAUAACCAUAAACCCUUGUCUGCUCUGGUAAAUUUCUGCUCUUUUCAUCUCCAUUUAUCUCCCUCUGAGCUCAAAGGACUGGUGUUUUGAGAUUGGCAACCAAAAGCUGCGACAUGAGUCACUGCUUGCAUCGGUUUCGAUGCAGAUAGAUUUCGUCCGCUUGCGCUUGCCUGCGCUCCGACUCGACGUCUUUUCCUAUUAUAAUUUCGAGCCUGAAAAGACCAGAGAUGGGGUUUUAGAUUAAAUGAUAUGAAUGCCUGUGCUUGGGACGUUGUGACGGGGAUCCGGCAGCUUUUUUAGUCAGAGUUUUGGGUUAAAUUGGUUUUGUGGUUUAAGGGAAGCGGAUUCUCUCCCAAGAAUCUUCGGGCGAUGCUGCUUGGAGCGGAGAAGAGGAGAAAGGAAGAGGAGGGGCUCGAAUCGAAGGCUUCGUCAAGAUCGGAACCCUCGAAGCUUGAAAGCGGAAGGCCAAGCGCGGCGAAUAGUUGCAAGGAUGUAGAAUGCUUCUCAUUGAUGGAAAUAGGUUUCAGAUCGAGAGAUCAGGCGAUGGGCGUAGGCAGGACUAGAGCACAAGAAGAGGACUCCAUCGAAUCGGACAGCGGAUCCGCCGGAUUCGAGUUCCAGAAGGCAGAGCGGACGCCACAUCACCGGGCGACGGCGGCGCUGGUGCCUCUUUUCUCGAAGCCGGCGCCGUCGAAGUGGGACGAUGCGCAUAAGUGGAUUGCAAGCCCGACGUCGAACCGUGGGGGGAACAAGGGCGGAGGAGGAGGAGGUCAGGCGAAGAAGGGAGACUUGGUGGGAUACGUGAAUCGACACACCGCGGCCAAGGCUGCUCUGGAUGUGGUGGAGGAAGUAGACACCAAGAGAGUGGAUGUAAGCCAGGCGAAGAAAGAAAUGGGCGCUGCGAAGAGUAUGAGUUGGGUGGGUGAGCAUCAUCCUGCGCCAGAUUCAGGGGCUAAACCUGCGGCUGUUCUCGAGAAUCCAGUGGUCGAUUCAGAUGUGCCUACUAUCAGGGCUGUAUCCAUGAGAGAUAUGGGAACAGAAAUGACUCCUAUUGCAAGCCAAGAGCCUUCUCGAACAGGAACCCCCAUUAGGGCAACCUCACCACUUAGUAGCCCACCUUUGUCGCUGCCAUCAACGCCACAAAGAUCAGCUCCAGGUUCAACUCAGACAGACACAAUUCCUCAUCAGGAAUUGAGCAUUAAGGAGUUAUCUGAAAAGGAACAGCACAGGAAAACUCGGAGGGAGAUAAUGGUGCUAGGCCAGCAAUUGGGUAAGACAAACAUAGCAGCAUGGGCUAGCAAGGAAGACGAGGAACUUUAUGCAUCUACUUCAACUAAUAUGGUGUCAAAGGAUCAUUCAGCUAGAAGUGUCAUUGAAGCUCGUGCAGCAGCAUGGGAGGAAGCAGAAAAGACCAAGUAUCUUGCUAGGUUCAAACAAGAAGAGAUCAAAAUCAUGGCAUGGGAAAAUCAUCAGAAAGCAACAAUAGAAGCUGAAUUGAGGAAAAUUGAGGUUAAGGUAGAAAGAAUGAGGGCAUCCUCACACGAGAGAUUGAUGAGCCAGCUUGCGUCUGUGAGACACAAAGCUGAAGAUAAACGUGCUGCAGCAGGAGCCAAAAGAAAUCAACAAGCUGCUAAAACUGCACAGCAAGCAGAUUACAUCAGAAGAACUGGUCGGAUUCCUUCCAAAUUUUAUUGCUGGGGUUGGUGCUUUUAGUUCAUUGUUUGAAUCAAGGACUCAAUCCGCGCUUGCCUUGAAGGAGAAGAUUUUGUUGCUUUGUUGCUUCUAUAAUGUAGAUGGUGUACCUCUUUUUUUUUCUGAGUUCUCAUUGUAAAUUCUGAUAGUUUCUCAUUGUUUUGCUAACUGGAAUCAUGAUCCUUUUCCUGAAAUCAAGCUAUCAUAUUAUUUUCUUUCAAAAAAGUGUUCAGAAAUAAUAAAAUGAUUAAGAUUCG